GCAGGAGACCAACACCAGCUUCCCAGCCUUGGAGAAAGCCUAGAAAAAGGUCCUGAAGGAUGGAUGGGUGCCAUGGUCACAGGCCACCCCCGUCCCUACUGGCAGGCAUGGAUGAGAAAACUGAGACCCAAAGAGAGACAGUAACUUACCCAGGGUCACCUCCACCAUGCAGACUUCUGCCAUGAUGUCUCUGCUGUUUGUGUCCAUGAGCCUCAUGGAAGCACUUCAGGCCCAGAGCCACCCCAUCACACGACGAGAACUUUUCUCUCAAGAAAGGCCCCUGGACAUGGCCCCAGCCUCCUUUGAUGACCAGUACACUGGCUGUGCAGCAGCCAUGACAGCUGCUCUCCCAGAUCUCAAUCGCACGGAGUUCCAGGCCAACAAAGUGUAUGCUGAUGGGUGGGUGCUGGCAAGCAGCCAAUGGCAGGAGCGCCAAGCCUGGGGGUCAGUGUGGGGCCUUAGCCCCACCCGGCUGCCCCCGCUGCCCCCCGGCUUCCGAAAUGAGCACGGGGUAGCCAUCCUGGCCUACACAGCCAACACACCCCUGCACAAGGAGUUCAACGCAGCUGUGCGCGAGGCAGGCCGCACCCGAACCCACUACCUCCACCACUUCUCCUUCAAGACGCUCCAUUUUCUGCUGACCGAGGCCCUGCAGCUGCUGAGCAAGGCCCAGCGUUCGCCCCAGUGCCACCAGGUGUUCCGAGGGGUGCAUGGCCUGCGCUUCCGGCCAGCAGGGCCCGGGGCCACUGUCCGGCUGGGAGGCUUUGCCUCCGCGUCCCUGCAGAAUGUUGCAGCCCAGCAGUUUGGUGAGGAAACCUUCUUUGGCAUCUGGACCUGUCUCGGGACCCCCAUCAAGGGCUACUCCUUCUUUCCUGGGGAGGAGGAAGUGCUGAUACCCCCCUUUGAGACCUUCCAGGUAAUCAACACCAGCAGACCAGCCCAGGGCCCCUCCCGCAUCUACCUCCGGGCCCUGGGCAAGCAAAGCACGUACAACUGCGAGUACAUCAAAGACAAGCAGUGCAAGUCUGGGCCCUGCCGUCUGGAUAACUCAGCCAUGGGUCAGGACCCCCUUUCUGCAGCCUGGUACCUUCCAUUGCUGCUCUGGUUCCUUGUCGGCGGAGCCUUUACAGAGAGUCCAGGACUCCUCUGAUCAUCAGACCUUGAAGAGCCCUGCCUGCCACCUCUGCCCAGCACGAGGAUGUCAGCCAUGUGUAUGCUUUAAGUGUCAAGAUCCAUGGAAACUCCAUCUGCCGGGAACUCUGGGACCU